UGUUGCGCACGGAAGAAGCGGCAGGAAGGUAGUCGUGCAUCGUUUUUGUUAAGUUCCCUGUGUUGUUCGUUACAGUUGUGUGUAUCCGCGAUUAGCUAAAACCCGUGCAUAAAGCGAAGAAAUCCAAGACAGCUUUUGCUAUCCUUUGUGUGUUUAGACGUGGAUUAGGCUAGAACGAGUUUGUUACAGACACAAAUGGACGCCCAGGCAGAAACCGAAAUGCCCACGGGUAACGUAAGCGACGAGCCGUUUCUCGGCCCGUUGGACAUCAUCCUGCUCGUCACCUUGCUGGCCGGUACCGCUUGGUAUCUGCUGAAGGGCAAGAAAAAGGAAAAUCAAGCUAGUCAGUUCAAAUCCUACUCGAUCCAACCUACAACGGUAAACACCAUGACGAUGGUGGAGAACUCGUUCAUCAAGAAGCUGCAAUCCUCCGGUCGUCGUUUGGUGGUGUUCUACGGUUCCCAAACAGGCACGGCAGAGGAAUUUGCCGGCCGUCUGGCAAAGGAAGGAAUCCGCUACCAGAUGAAGGGCAUGGUGGCCGAUCCGGAGGAGUGCAAUAUGGAAGAGCUGCUGAUGUUGAAAGACAUCGACAAAUCGUUGGCUGUGUUUUGCCUGGCCACGUACGGCGAGGGCGAUCCGACGGACAAUUGUAUGGAGUUUUACGACUGGAUUCAAAACAACGAUCUGGAUAUGACCGGUUUGAAUUACGCGGUGUUUGGCCUCGGCAAUAAAACGUACGAGCAUUACAACAAGGUCGGCAUCUAUGUGGACAAGCGGCUGGAGGAGCUCGGAGCGAACAGAGUGUUUGAGCUUGGACUAGGCGACGACGAUGCGAACAUUGAGGACUAUUUCAUCACGUGGAAGGAAAAGUUUUGGCCGACGGUGUGCGAUUUCUUCGGCAUUGAAAGUACGGGUGAGGAUGUGCUGAUGCGACAGUACCGUCUGCUGGAGCAACCGGAUGUCGGUGCGGACCGCAUCUACACCGGCGAGGUGGCCCGUCUACACUCCCUCCAGACACAGCGCCCACCGUUCGAUGCGAAGAAUCCGUUCCUGGCACCGAUCAAGGUAAACCGGGAGCUGCACAAAGCCGGUGGCCGUUCCUGCAUGCACGUGGAGUUCGAUAUCGACGGCUCGAAGAUGCGAUACGAGGCCGGUGAUCAUCUCGCCAUGUACCCGGUGAACGAUCGCGAUCUGGUCGAGCGGCUCGGCAAACUGUGCAAUGCCGACCUAGAAACCGUGUUCUCGCUGAUCAACACCGACACGGACAGCAGCAAAAAACAUCCAUUCCCCUGCCCGACCACCUACCGUACCGCGCUGACGCACUACCUGGAGAUAACCGCGCUGCCCCGUACGCACAUCCUCAAGGAACUGGCCGAGUACUGUUCGGAGGAGAAGGACAAAGAGUUCCUGCGGUUCAUCUCGUCAACCGCGCCGGAUGGCAAGGCAAAGUAUCAGGAAUGGAUACAGGACAGCUGCCGCAACGUGGUGCACGUACUGGAGGAUAUCCCGUCCUGCCAGCCACCGAUCGAUCACGUGUGCGAACUCUUACCGCGUCUGCAGCCCCGCUACUACUCCAUCUCUUCCUCGUCGAAGAUCCACCCGACGACGGUACACGUGACGGCGGUGCUGGUGAAGUACGAGACAAAAACGGGCCGAUUGAACAAGGGUGUCGCCACGACAUUCUUGGCCGAGAAGCACCCGAACGAUGGGGAACCGUUGCCGCGCGUACCUAUCUUCAUCCGCAAGAGCCAGUUCCGACUGCCGCCGAAGCCGGAAACGCCAGUUAUAAUGGUUGGCCCCGGUACAGGGUUGGCACCGUUCCGUGGCUUCAUACAGGAGCGUGACUUUUCCAAGCAGGAGGGCAAGGAAAUUGGACAGACGACGCUAUACUUUGGCUGCCGAAAGCGUACGGAGGACUACAUAUACGAAGACGAGCUGGAAGAUUAUUCCAAACGAGGCAUCGUUAACCUGCGUGUUGCCUUUUCGCGUGACCAGGAGAAGAAGGUUUACGUGACGCAUCUGCUCGAGCAAGAUUCCGACCUGAUAUGGAACGUUAUCGGCGAAAAUAAGGGACACUUUUACAUCUGCGGUGAUGCGAAAAAUAUGGCCACCGAUGUGCGAAACAUUCUGCUGAAAGUCAUUCGCUCAAAGGGUGGUUUAAGCGAAACUGAAGCACAGCAGUACAUCAAAAAGAUGGAAGCCCAAAAACGAUACUCGGCGGACGUGUGGAGCUAAUCGUUCGGUCGACAACCACCUACCGCUCUACCAGUGCGCAAAUACACGUUUAAAACAAAAGACACACACAUACACACGAUACGCCUUCACAUCAGCUAGCGGGGUGGGUAAUGUUUUUCAACGUCAGGAUCAAGCACUUGUUUUUAAGUCUGUAUUUUUUUUUGUUAUUGCUGUUGAUUCGUGCAGCAUACGAGUGUUAAGGUUGCAGUUUCUUACUUUCGUAACGUGUAGAGAUCUUAGUCGAAGCUCGAUGUGUUUUUUUUUUUUAUUUGGGGAGGGUUACGUUCAGUUUAAUAUCGACGUUAAUGGUGCUGCACGCAUGUAAUCGCGUGAACGCGUGGUUGGCGUUGUGAUAGUUUUCUAUUUCGUUUAUUAUUGUUUUGUUUAAUGAAGACACAGAUUUAAUUUAAAGAAGAAAUUAAACAAAACAAUCACAUUUUUAGUCUGUCUUCGCGGGAGACUUUCGUGAGCGUUAACCGUCCCAGGGCGAUCGUGUGCGAUAAUGAGCGAUUCAGACACAUAAACCAUUGCGGGGCGCAUUACGGUCAAAUCGGUAACGCAAACAGGUAGCAAAUCAUUCACACACCACCAUAAUUUACUUUUACGGUCGCCUUGUAUUGUAUUUCCGACGACGGUUUCGUCACAAUCAUCGUUCGCGCGUGUACCGUUAACGCGAUGCUCGAUAAAAGAAAGCGCGGGCGAGAAGGAAUGAAAGUAAGUAGAUGUGUAAUAAUGGCAUGUUUGUAAUAAGGGGAAAACAGAUAUACUUUUUUAUAUUCAUAUACAAACGUUAAAAUCCACAGUACACAUCGAAGAAAGAGAUCAAAAUGUGUCGGUACUCGUACAGGGGGGAAACAGUAAAUGUUCUAGCGAUGGAAUGUAAUAAAACUAUAUUGAAACUUG